AGUAGGUUGCCCCAUCUCCACUCAAUACUUUGUUUUUAAUAUUUGUUCUUAUUUAGUUCACUUUAUCAUCUCAAAGGUAAAAGGGACACAUAACUAUAUUUAUUCCCAGUGAAGAAUUCUGUAAACUUCAGCACAACAUAACUUGAGUUCCAAGCAACCUUUUAUUUAUUUAUUUUUUUCAUCUUUGAAACUAAUUCCAUUUCAAGAAAUAUAAAUGUCCUCACAUGAUCUUUUAGGUCUCUUUCUCUCUCUGAAUUAUUGUGAGUAAGAACAAACAGGUUGUAGGUGGAAACUAAGGACAUAAAAAGGGCUACAAAGUGUAAAGAGGAAUUCAAUUCCUACACACCCCUCAAGAAGAAUUGGUUCAAGGGAAAACAUGGAUGCUUUACAAGAGUCAAAUUGCUUUCUGUUUCCUUGUUUCCUUUAGCCCCCUUACUCCGUCUCUCUUCGAUCCGUACGAUUUAUAGGAUGACCAUAAGAGGAAAUCAUCAAAGAAAAUGACUUGGUGCAAUGACUGCAGCUGCAAUGAGCCAGUGAUCAUGACCAGAAAGUCACCAUCAUCUACUGAUCUUAAUACACUUAAUAUCGCAGCCGGAAAAACCAGAGAUACCCAAGCUAUAACUUGCCCUUCAUGUGGUCAUCAGAUCAAACCAUGUCAAGAAAAGGGUCGAAUCCACGAUCUGCCAGGACUACCAGCCGGAGUGAAGUUUGAUCCGAGUGAUAAUGAGCUUCUUGAACAUUUGGAGGCAAAGGUGCGGUUGGAUGCUCAUAAGCUUCAUCCUCUAAUUGAUGAGUUCAUUCCUACACUUGAAGGAGACAAUGGAAUUUGCUACACCCACCCAGAGAGGUUACCAGGCAUAAACAAAGAUGGCUUAGUCCGACAUUUUUUCCAUAGACCUUCGAAAGCAUACACCACCGGAACUAGGAAACGAAGAAAAGUACACACUGACAUAGAUGGAAGCGAAACCCGGUGGCAUAAAACCGGCAAGACAAGGCCAGUUUUUGUUAAAGGCAAAGUGAAAGGGUAUAAGAAGAUACUUGUGCUCUACACCAACUAUGGAAAGCAAAGGAAGCCCGAGAAAACAAAUUGGGUGAUGCAUCAGUACCAUCUCGGUGACAACGAAGACGAGAGAGAUGGAGAGCUAGUGGUUGCAAAGGUUUUCUACCAAACACAACCACGACAAUGUAGCUCUAACACGAUCAAGGACUCGCCUCCUGCAAUGUCAAAGGGGCGAAAAGGCCGGCAUGAGAAUGGACACACUAGGGAUGCCACCAUUGUUGAGUACUAUGGUCCGUCUCUCAUUUCUUUUGAACAACGUGACCAUAGUUUUAAUUUGCAUAAUGGGGCUUCUUAUGUUCCAUGACAUGAGAAUGUUGAGGAAAAUGUUGGGACUUAGCAUGCACUGAAACAAUGUACAAAUGUAACUUCUAUUUGUUGUUUAAUUAGUAGUGAUGAAAUAAAUUAUAACACCCCUAAUUUUAGGAGGAAUAAGGUGAGGAAGAAUAAGGGUUGUCCAAUAAAUUAAAAUUAAUUUAAUUAAAAUCACGCACCAUUUGCAUGUGUUGUUAUGCAUGUGUAUUAUUAUCCCUAUAUUGUAUUUGUUACCAUGUAUAUUGUCAGUGUUCAUUGGUGGUAG